AUGAGUUCCUCGGAGGAGCUUGCCGGCGCAUCCACUCCCAAGCGCGCCUUUGGCGAGAUGCAGCAGGACGAGAGGACGGUCGACGCCGCCACGUCUCUCUCGGACGUGGACACGCCAAAGGUUGAAGCCGUGACGCCGACGGACUCGACUUGUGUCACGCCGGCCUCGACUUGUUGCACGCCGCGGUCCAGUGCGAGCACACCGCAUGGCGACGCGUCGUGGGACCAGACCUCGUACUGGCAGCAGUCGACGGCCCAGGCCUGCUUCUGGCAGCCAGAGUCGUUUCUCCCGCUCUGCUUCGUGCCGGUCCAAGGCGCACACCUGCAGCCCCAGGCCGUGCCGUCUUUCUGCUGCGCCUUCGCGUCUGGCGGUCAGGGCCAGCACUUCGCCAGCCCCGCCGCGUGUGCGGCGCAGCCCCGCGACGAGCAGCUCGGCGCCCAGCUCAUGUGGUGGCCGCAGGAGCAGUGGCCGCAGGAGUGGUGGUCCCAGGCCAGGUCCUCGGGCGAGUGUGGCCUGCCGGCGGCCGUCGCGGGCGCGAGCGGCGAGUGGCGGGCGCCCGCCGCUGUGGACGAGUGGUACGAGGCGCUCCAGACCAGAGCCUUGGACAAGGACAAUGAGAUGAAGCGCCACGUGCUCGCUGCGAUCUGUGGCCAUGCGCUCCAGUUCUCACACGAUAAGAAGGGAUGCAGGCUCUUGCAGUGGGCGCUAGACCAUGCUGACAGGGAGACGCUCCACGCCCUGCUGACGGAGCUCCACGGGCACAUGUCGGAGAUGUACAGGUGUCCGAAUGCCAAUUACGUCGCCCAGAAGAUCUUCAACGUGCUGCCCGCGGAGAGGAUGGGCGCCGUGCUGCAGGAGUUCGAGGGCCGGAUGGUGGACUUCGCGCGCCACCGCUACGGAUGCCGCAUUGUGAUCCAGCUGCUGGCGCACUGCGGCAGGCGACCGGAGUGUGCCGCUCUCAUCGAUGAGCUCCUGAACAGGCCGAAAGGUCUGAUCGACCACGCAUACGCGCACCACACCUUCGAGGCUGUUUUGGAGCACGGGAGAGAGGAUUUCAAGCAGCGCAUUGUCUGUGCAUUGGCAGAGAACCUGCUCCACUUCGCGCGGCAUCACCACGGCAGCUUCGUUGUGCUGGCGGCGCUCGUGCAUUGCUCCGACGAUGUUGCCAGUUGGCUGUGCGGGCUCCUGAACGAGGGCAUCGUGGGCGUGACCGCGAAGAAGCCCGGCUGCAACCUCUACCACGAGCUGUGCCUGCACACUCACCCACGCACCUCGGAGCCGGCGAGGGCUGCGCUGGGGCUGCACGCAAUGCAGCUGCGCCAGCGCUCAGAGAGCCUGCGCCUGGUGGACAUGGUGCAGCAGGCGCUCGAGGCGGACGCGAGCCCGAGGCCGUCUGGGCUCCCGCUGACCCUGCUGCCGCCGCGGGCGGCGUGGGCGGACGUGGAGGAUGAUCUCGACGAGGACCUCGCAAGCGCCAGGCGCCCGGAGUUGCCCGAGCCCGGGGCGCAGCGCUGGCAGUAG